CAGGAGGAGAAUAUCCGCCGUCUCCAGACUCUCCAGACCUCCCCCACCACCACCACCCCCAAAAAAAGCCAGAUUUCUGAUCAACCAUCAGAACUCGGAUUCAGAUCCAGACAUCAACAUCAUGGCUCCCAUCUCUAUCGCGGACCUCGUGGCCGCUCUCCCGGCCGACGACACCUGGGGCCCCGCCACGGCCUCCGACAACAUGCUGCAGGGCGUGCCCUACGCUCCCUUCUCCAAGGGCGACAAGCUGGGCCGCAUGGCCGACUGGACGGCCGAGGCCAAGGGAGAUAACCGCGGUGGUCGCCAGGGGUAUAACCGGAACUACAGAGACCAGCAGGUGUACGGUGCCGGCUCGGGCAGCCUGUUUGCCGUGCAGGUGGCCGAAGACGAGUCGUCGUUCUCGGUGGUCGACAACACGCGCACGUCGGCGAAGCGCACGUUCGGGCGCGGCGGCGGCACUGUGUUCCGUGGACGGGGACAGCGCGGCGGCGCCCAGCGCGGCGGACGCGCGGGCUUCCAGCGGGUCGGGGCAGGCCGCGGGCAGGGCGGCGACCGGUUCUACGACAACCGGGCAGGCGGACGGGGCGGACGCGGCGGAGGCCGUCGGUUCGGAUGGAAGGACUACGACAAGCCGCAGCGGACUCGCGAGGCGUCUGUCAACGUGCGUCCGGAUUGGAACAUGUUGGAGGAGGUGGAUUUCAGCCGGCUGUCGAAGCUGAACCUGGAGGCGCCGGAGGGCGAGGACCUGGACACGUACGGGUUCCUGUACACGUACGACCGGACGUACGACAAGGCGCCGGUCAAGAACGCGGAGCGGCGGCUGCAGGCGCUGGAGCGGGCGGCGUACAACGUCACGACGUCGCAGGAUCCGGUGAUCCAGGAGCUGGCGGAGAAGAACGAGGCGACGGUGUUCGCCAACGCCGACAUCCUGUCCAUGCUGAUGUGCGCGCCCCGCAGUGUCUACUCGUGGGACAUUGUCAUCGUCCACCAGGGCAACAAGAUCUACUUCGACAAGCGCGACGGCUCGUCCCUCGACCUGGUCACCGUCAACGAGAACGCCGCCGACGCCCCCAUGGAACUCGCCGACUCCGCCUCCAAGAACGCCGCCGACGCCAUCAACACCCCCAGCGCCCUGGCGCUCGAGGCCACCAUCAUCAACCACAACUUCGCCCUGCAGACCGUCCUCGAGUCCGCCGACACCAAGGUCGACCUCGCCAACCCCAACCCCUUCUACAACGCCGCCGAGGAGACCGAGCCCCUCGCCAGCAAGGGCUACAAGUACCGUCGCUUCGACCUGUCGCUGGAGCGCGACGACGAGCCCGUCCAUAUGAUCGUCCGCACCGAGGUCGACGCCAUCAUGAAGAACCCCGUCACCGGCGAGGACCAGCAGCUGCUGGUCAAGGCGCUGAACGAGUUCGACAGCAAGGCGCAGGGCUCCGGCGGCGCGCUCGACUGGCGCAGCAAGCUGUGGUCGCAGCGCGGUGCCGUCGUCGCCACCGAGAUGAAGAACAACAGCGUCAAGCUCGCCCGCUGGACCACCCAGGCCAUCCUCGCCAAGGCCGAUGCCAUGAAGCUCGGUUUCGUCUCCCGUGCCAAUGCUCGCUCCGCCGCCGCCCACGUCGUGCUCGGUGUCGUCGGCUACAAGCCCCGUGAUCUGGCCGCCCAGAUGAACCUCAACCUCAGCACCGGUUGGGGUAUCGUCCGCACCAUCGUCGAUCGCAUUCGUGCCCUCGAUGCCGAUGAGACUGAGGAUAAGGUUACCAAGUAUGUCCUCAUCAAGGACCCCAACCGUCCCGUCCUCCGUCUGUACAGUGUGCCCUCGUCGACUUUUGAGGAGGAUGAGGAGAUUGCUGCCGAGGAGGAGCAGGCUGCCGAGGACGAGGAGAAUGAUGAGUAAAUUGGCUGCUGAGGACGAGGCGAAUGAUGAGUAAAUUGGCUCCCGAGGACGAGGCGAAUGAUGAAUGACUAGAUUGACUUGCUCGCUCGCUCGCUCGCUGGCUUGAUGUGAAUGAAUGGUUUUGUGAGGUUGGAGGUUGAGGCCUCAGUGAGAGUUGAAAAGUUGUUACGGUUGUUGUGGUUAGGAACGACGUCUCCGGGUUCGGGUUCCUUACUCUAGAGUGUGAUUGUGACUUUUACAUAGCAUGACUGACUGAACUGACUUGAUUUGAUUUGAUUUGAUUUGAUCCAUUGACGUUGAUUUCACACCUGCC